CGACCCCGUUUCGAAACAUCUAUCGACACUUUUAUUUAAUUUGCGAGGACAGUGCGCUCUGCAACUCGGCAAAAUGUCCAUGCCGAAUCUGCCGCAAUCGCUGUCCAUGAACGCGCCGUUCGGGGCCGGGCCGGGGGCGCCGGCCCCAGGCCCCGGCGGGCCUCCGCCGAGCAAGGACCGGAAAAUGGCGUCGGCGGAGCAGUUGGUCCUCGACCUCUGCAACCCCGAUCUCAGAGAAAACGCACUUCUUGAGCUCUCCAAGAAGAGAGAACUGUUUCAAGAUUUGGCUCCACUGCUUUGGAACUCUGUUGGUACUAUUGCAGCACUUUUGCAGGAGAUAAUCUUCAUAUACCCGGUCCUGUCCCCCCCAAAUUUAACUCCUGCUCAAUCAAAUCGAGUCUGCAAUGCUCUUGCCCUUCUUCAGUGUGUAGCCUCUCACUCUGACACAAGAAUGUUGUUCCUCAAGGCUCAUAUACCUUUAUACUUGUAUCCUUUCCUCAAUACGGGGAGCAAGACAAGGCCAUUCGAGUAUCUGAGACUGACUAGUCUCGGUGUCAUUGGUGCCCUGGUUAAGGUUGAUGACACUGAAGUUAUCAGUUUUCUUCUGUCAACAGAAAUUAUACCGCUGUGCCUUCGAACUAUGGAGAUGGGCAGUGAAUUGUCGAAGACGGUUGCAACAUUCAUUGUUCAGAAGAUUUUGUUAGAUGACUUGGGCUUGGACUAUAUUUGCACUACGGCAGAGCGGUUCUAUGCCGUAGGCCGUGUUUUGAAUCACAUGGUUGGAGCACUUGCUGAACAACCUUCAUCACGGCUGCUGAAGCACAUUAUUCGUUGUUAUUUGCGUUUAGCAGAUAAUCCAAGGGCUUGCGAUGCACUGAGAGGUUGCCUUCCAGAAAUGUUAAGGGAUGGCACAUUUAAUGCUUGUCUGCGUGAAGACCCAACGACUAGGCGGUGGCUCCAACAGUUACUUUCCAUUGUAGGCGUGAACCGGGUGCCCGGGCUUCAAGCUGGCGGAGGAUUCGAGCACAUGCUCUGAACCAGAAAAGUACAGUGGUGCACAUUUUAUACAGAAGUUAACAGUCAGACACUCUUGGUCCAUCAACACCCAGUAUAUGAAUGAUUUAUCAUCUGCAUUCAGUUCUGUUUUAGUUUUUUUUUUAAGUGUUGUUCCGCAUAGGGUAGGCUACUAGCCUCACAUGAAAGUGUCGUAAAUGAACAGAGAAGAGGCUACUCUCGUUUUUUUGGCUGGAUUUGAGUGAACAGAAGAAACUGCUUUUUACUUAAAGGGGGAACCAAAAGCUGCUUGGGCAUUCAUAAUUGAGCUCUUGGGUGUUCCUUUUGGGUA